UUUCUGCCAUCCUCUUACAGGUUCAUGUAGGCUAAACUUGAAGACAGAAGUCAUGUCUAAUAAAUACAACUUGAAGUGGAAUUCUCAUCAUGGAGAAACAUUUCAGAGCUUUGAAAAUCUCCGUCAAAGGGAGAUGUUUGUGGAUGUGACCAUGUCCUGCAAUGGGCAGUUUCUGAAAGCCCAUAAACUGGUCUUGUGUGCUGGGAGUGGGUAUUUUGAACGAAUCCUCAACAAGGACGGACCAGGAAUGCCUACCAUUCACUUUUAUGGUGUGGAAAUGCAAUUGCUCAAGCUUUUAGUGGAGUUCAUGUACUGUGGAGAAGUUGAAGUCCCUGCCAUGGACCUGGAGAAGUUUAUCGAAGUUGCAGAGAACUUAGAGGUGAAGGGGUUAAAGGGAGACAAAUCCAAGAGCAGUGGAUCACACAGUGUGGGCAGCAGUACGACCAUCCCCGUGUCCGAUGUUCAUGAUGCUUUGGCCCACAAGAGGAAGAGCAGUGCCCAUACUUGGCAGGAGUUUGAUGAACCCCAGUUCCACUCAGCAAAAGUGCCACGAUCUCAACCUCCCAUGCUACGAAACAGGCAGAAAUUCAUUGGGCAACAUACUCCGCAGCAGCAGCUAGCUCCUUCCUCAUCUCACAUCCACUAUGCUCAACCUGAACCAAGUACAAGUGCAUCAACUGAUGAAGUGGUGAUAAAGGAAGAGGAUGAAGAGGACGAAAUAAGUGAUAUUCAUGUGAUGGAUUCAUCUUCAGCAGCUGAAGAAGAAUGGGAUGACCAGUCUCAAGCUGCAUAUACUGCAGAGGGAAUGGAAGGUGAACCAGAAACACCAAUCAAUAUCCCUCCAGAAGUCGACCCACAGACUGUGUCCUACGUUCAGAGCUAUGUUUGGUGCGGCAAGCUGCAACUGACAGGGACGAGGCUGUACUUCUGUCCUGUGUGUCCGUACUCCACUGCACACAAAGGCCACGCUGAAUACCACACUCGCAAGCACAGCAAAGAGAAGCCGUUUCAAUGCCCCAUCUGCUUCAAGUCCUUCACCCAAAAAUCCAACUUGAAAUAUCACUGUGCUGUUACAGUGACCUACGUCCAGAGCUACAUGUGGUGCGGCAAACUGCAACCGACGGGGACCAAGCUCUACUUCUGCCCCGCGUGUCCAUACUCCACCGCGCACAAAGGCCAUGCGGAGUAUCACACUCACAAGCACAGCAAGGAGAAACCAUAUCAAUGCCCCAUCUGCUUCAAGGCAUUUGCCCGAAAGUUCCACUUGAAAAAUCACUGUGCCCUGACGAUAUCCUACGUUCAGAGCUACGUGUGGUGCGGGAAGACUCGAAGGGCAGGGAAGAAGUGGUACUUCUGCCCCGUCUGCCCCUACUCGACUCCCCGCAAGAACCACGCGGAAUACCACAGCCGCAAGCACACCCGAGAGAAGCCCUUCCAGUGCCCCGUCUGCCUCAAGCGCUUCUCUCAGAACGCCCAUCUUCGGACCCACUGCAUGCAUCUGCAUUCGAGCCUCAAGAGAAUCGAGAUC